AUGGUCGAUGUGACAAGAUUAUCACAUAGCAAAGACAUCGAGAGCAGUGAAGCAGCUUUGUUGGAAAAAGUUAAUCAAGAAGUAUGGGUUUGGUUCACUGUCUUCGAAUCUAUAGCCCUUCUGUGUUCAUCGCUCGGCAGCCCAGUAGGAGGAACUUUAAUUUAUCGGUACGGGUUCAAAACGGCAGUUAUUACCUGUAUAUGUCUAUUCAUACCAAGUCUAGUGCUGAUCUUUAUCUUACCGGAGACUAACAGGGUACAUGGUAAAAGUAUAAAAGUUAAGGAACAGGACAAGAAAACCCACACGGACAAUCCUAAUGUGAAUAAUGAUGAGUUGAACGAUGUUGAUGCAAACAGUGAUUAUAGCGAUUCACGUACAAUUGAAAUGGAAGAAAGUUGGAAACAAAAGUUAACUGAAAAGUUAAAGAUGUUACUGUACGCUGUGAAGAGUUUGAGUGGCGUCUUAAUCAUCGUUGUAAUAGUUGUUAUACUCUGUGCGAUUACUUCACUGGUGGACCUACAAUAUAUUGUCAUUUUCCUCAUGGGUGCUCCGUUUUUAUGGAAUCCUCAAGAAGUUGGAAUAUACAUAGGUGUCAGUGACCUUGUGUCCUCUAUAGUAGGAAUAGUGUAUACAAUAAUCGUCAUAAAAUUUCGAUUAAAGCAGAAAUCGAAACAAAAGGUAGAAAAGGUAGAAGAAAUUCCGUCUCAAACUGAAACUACCAAUGAUGCAUCGAAGAUAUCCUUCAAUCGGCAUAUGCAAUUACUAGUAUAUUCUCUGGCAGGUUCAUUGGCAAUGAUGGCGGCGAACAAAGUUUUGAUGGCUGUGGCUUAUGGAUUUCCAAAACGCACGGCCAAUAUCAUAGUUUAUAUAGCCGCCGUUCCUCGGUUAAUGAAAAGUUUCGUUGCUCCAAUUGCUCGUUCAAUGUUUUCGUUAUGUGCACCUCCUGGCAAUCAAGGAAUGGUUCAGUCUUUCGGAGGAUUUGUUGCUCGAAUUGGUGUACUCAUUAGUCUGACUGCCUUACCAGCCAUUUAUGCUGCUACCGUGACAAUAUUUCCUCAGACAGUAUUCAUUGUUGUCAGUGCGAUGACAGCAGUCGCAAUUAUAUUUGAUUUGUUGAUCCUGGUAUUUCUUAAAUCAAAGAAAAAUCAACAGUGGACAAACACCGAAGCAUAA